UUCACUCAGUAUCAUUAUCUCAGUUUUGACCAACACGUGUGAACACUGGAGGUCAGCAGUGAGUCUUCUGUGGUAUAGAGACACAAAACAAGAUUUUAACCCAUUAGCAGUACCUUUUUUUAACCAGAGUUAUAUAGUUUUGAGUUCUACACAAGACAUUGAAUUACAAUUUGAGCACAUUAAAUUACCAACACAUUAGAAUUUUCUUUAAAAGUCAACUUUUAACUUAAUCAUAGAAUGAGCAAAAUUCUCAAGUCGUUUAUAUAACUGAGCUAAAAGCGGCCUGUAAUUAUUUAUUAAACACUUUGCAUCUUAAAGCAUAGCAGUGGCACUUUUUUCAAGCGAACAUUUUGGUAUGUUUUUGCAUCAUGACCCUGUCAGUCUGCUCCUUGAACCGUUCGAGCAGGCCAUUGAAAAGACUCAUUGUUUCUUGAGGUUGGACAGAGUCUGUCUUCAGCUGUGUUCACUGAGAGAGCAGUCAGGGACAUUACACACAAGCACAGCACUGCUGCCUACAGUCAUGGGUUGUUAUGAAUGCUGUAUGCGCUGUCUGGGAGGAGUACCAUACGUCUCUCUGGUGGCCACUCUGCUGUGUUUCUCUGGCGUUGCUCUGUUCUGCUGCUGUGGAAAUCAGGCCCUUACAGAGAGCGAAAGACUUAUCGAGAAGUACUUCACCCGUGAGCAUCAGGACUACAUCACCCUAGCGUACCUUAUUGAGUAUUUUCAGUACAUCAUUUAUGGCCUGGCCUCCUUCUUCUUCCUGUACUGUAUAGUCCUGCUGGCUGAAGGUUUUUACACCACCAGUGUAGUCCGGCAGUCAUUUGGAGAAUUCCGUAGUACAGUAUGUGGGCGCUGUCUCAGCACAACGUUCAUUGUAAUCACAUAUUUCCUGGUUGUGAUCUGGUUGCUGGUGUUCUCUCUCUCUUCGCUUCCUGUCUACUUUUUUUACAACAUGGCAAACACAUGUCGCACUAUCAGCGUCCUCUCUGAAACGCCCUCCAGCAUCAACCAGCUGUGCAUUGAUGCCAGACAGUACGGUUUACUUCCAUGGAGCGCAGUACCAGGAAAGGCUUGUGGGAUGACCCUGUCUAAUGUCUGCAAGACAAGAGAGUUUCUCCUGAUCUAUGAUCUCUUCAUCGCUGCCUUCGCUGGAGCGGGGAUGACAGUCUUGGCUCUGCUCACAUUCACUGUGUCCACCACCUAUAACUCUGCAGUCCUGCGGUAUCUGGGGAGGAAAGGCAUCGGUCCACGCUGUUAACGUCUGUUCUGUUCUACGCUAAAUAACAGCACACUAUUGGAGCAUCUUCUUCAUCAACACAACACAAUUUCCUGACUCUAUUUUACUUUUUUUUUUAUAAAGAUUUACAAGCUUGAAAUCUGCCUUUUAAAAAAUGCAAAUAAAAAUUAUAAUCGGGUAGAAAUA